AUGGACUUUUUCGAAAGGCUUCCCACGGAGUUAAUAGCCCCAAUUCUAAGCAAGUUGCCCGAUCUCAAAAGUCUGUAUAAUAUUGUCAAAGCGUCGCCACGUAUCUUUCACUUCCUCAACAGCCCCUCCGGCGCUGCAAUCCUCGAUAGUCUCCUCGACCUUUGGGGCCAGGUGAUUGAGGACAAGGAUCUCUUCAUCAGUGGUUCGCGUGAUGAAGAUGGCAAUAUGAAACGUCGAGAGUUUGGUACACUGCCAUGGGUGCCGCUCGUCUUACGGCUCAUUGCUCUUGUCAAACACAGCUCUGCCACAAACCAACCGGCAAAUAAUCUUGAGUCCUUGAUCAGCAAGUACCUCGAGCCAGUUACCACAGAUAGACCAGACAUGCAUCAACAUGACCUCAAGUUUCCAAAAGACACCACCCCGAGGAUCCGGCUUCAGGACGUGACAGGUGGACCUCAAUCGUACUCACCACGGAAGAUGCUUUUUCUCACAAGAAAAAUUCUAGUACUUGCAGAAGAGUGUUUCCAAUUGUUUCACGAGCGUAUUCGGACUUCCAAACCUCAGCAUCUUACCGAUAAAACCUUUGAGCUCAAGCCAUUACCAUGGAACCUCCGCCCUGACGGCCAACCUUGGGGCGAAUCCUACGAGCUUAACGCUGGAGCAGACGAACCCUCAUGGUGGGAAAUGCAGGGGCUCACCUUUGGAUUUUGCAAUCUUCAACUGCGUUAUGAGCUAAGUAACGCGAUUUACGAAGGGCGGUUAAACUGGCCAGCAUCAGAUGCUACAGCCAUACGCGACCUGGGAAGUGCAGAGAUGUGCCUACCUGGGCUCGGAAAGUGGACCAUAUUAAACACAUGGGAAUCAGUUUGGGCCGCAGUACUUUACGUCCGGGAUCUAGAAGGUGCCCCAGACGAAUACUCUUGCGUGGGCGAUACCGACGGCGAGAACAGGGACAAACACUUCAAAGACACGGGGUUUAAACCUCUUGAAGGCGGUGGAUUACGACUACCGCAACCAAAGCACGAAACAUCAGAGUUUAAAUGGCCAACGAAGAUAUCAAAUCAACCGCCACUAUAUAUGUGGGACAAUGUCUUCGCGUAUGGCUGUGGAUUGGCAUUAGCUAUAAAUGGCAGCUCGUUUGCCGAAUCCGACUUCUGGUCAGAAAGCACCACUGAGCUAACCGAAAGCCUAUUAUUCCGCCCGUUUAGGCGUUUGGGUUUUGGUAUCUGGGAUCCAACAAGGCUGCACAAGAUGCAAAUGAUUGAUUGUAUUAUGCGCAGCGAUGAUCCCGAAGUUGGGAUGAAGCAUAACGUUCUUCAGGACUGGCAAGAAAAUCUGGUUUUCACAUGGAUGAGCCUUCUUAGUGCUGAAGAGAAAGAAGAGUUACAGGUUUAUCAAGAGGGACUGCGAUUGAAGAGGCAGCAAGAAUCGGAGGAGUUGGCUACUGCUGUCAGCGAGUGA